AUGGGAUGGGGACGGCUACGUGGAAGUCUCCAGCUUAUUUUAAGCGUGGAGACUGUUCCUGGCUUGAAGGUGGAUGGUAUGGAUGUACUGGCUGUGAAGCAGGCAUGCAAGUUUGCCAAGGAGCAUACGCUCAAGAAUGGCCCUAUUGUGCGUGAUCCUAUAGAAAGGGUACGAAAGUUGCUGCUAUCUCAUGACAUACCUACAGAAAAAGAGCUUAAGGAUAUGGAGAAAGAGGUUAGGAAAGAAGUAGAUGAUGCCGUAGCUCAAGCCAAGGAGAGUCCGGUACCAGAGGCAUCUGAGCUAUUCACAAACAUGUACGUGAAGGACUGUGGAGUCGAGACAGAAAAGAAUUCAAAGUGACACUUCCAUAAAUCUUACUCCAUAGGACAUGAUGAAGGUUCAAAGCAAUUGCUACCAUAUUUUAUUUUCUUGGGUUUUGCUACCAUAUUUUAUUUUCUACCAUAUUUUAUUUUCUUUAGAGCAAAGCAAUUGCUUUAGUAUGCUAAGUUUGUUUGUCCCUUUUAAUAUACAACAACAACAUUGUUGUUG